AUGUCCGUCGUCAAUCCCUUGUCCGCGCGUCGUUCGAAAGAAUACAAUCGCAUCUUCAAGGGUGCCGCGGUCUUGACCACCUUUGCCGCUUUAUACAUCGUCACGUCUUCCAACGGUUCUACCACCGUCAAGGCAAAAUCUUCCAUCAAAGGUCUUUACAAUUCCUCGGGCAACGAUUGCUUCUUAAACAGUGUUCUUCAAGCUCUCGCCAGUCAAUCUUCCUUGACCCAAUUCCUUCAGCUUCGUGCUUCCUCUUCCACCUUGUAUGCAGCCCUUCUUGAAUUCCUCAAAAAUCUCAAUUCCGGUAGCUCGAAACCCACCUCUGCGAAUUCUUUCCUCAAUAUUUUGGAGAAAAUUACAAAUAAAGUCAUCUUGCGCUCGUUACAGCAAGACGCCCAUGAAUUUUUACAAUACCUUUUGGAAAUCAUCGAGUCCCAAGAUUCUUCGUUGCCCUCUCCUUCCUCUCCUCCCUCCUCUGUCCGUAUCCUCGGGUUUCCAGCCCAGCUUCCUUUCAUCGGAUUCAUCCUUCAAACCGUUCAGUGCUCUUUUUGUUCCGCUAAAACUUCCACAAACUUUAAAAAUACCAUCUUGCAAUUGAGCUUUCCCUAUGCCCAUAAUGCUUCUUCCGUUUCUUUAUCCCAGCUUUUUGCUUCGAAUGCAUUCGAGCAAGUCGAUGAUUUCAAAUGUGAUGCUUGCUAUCCCCAUACCAAGAAAACCACCUCUUGUUACCGUAUGGUCCAAUGGAAGCGUCCUCCUACCCUGCUUCAAAUUCAACUAGAGCGGUCUUGUUACACUCCCUUAGGUCUUUCCCGAAACAACACCGCUGUUCAUUACGAAAAGUCUUUUGUACUCCAAAAUCGUUACCGUUACCAUCUCCGCUCCGUCAUCACCCAUCACGGCGGUGCAAAUUCAGGUCAUUACAUUUGUUAUCGCAAAAAGGACAAUUGUUGGUGGAGUGCCAACGAUACCAUCAUAUCUAAAUGCACUAUCGAAAAAGUUUUGGAUCAGCAUCGACUGGCUUUUAUGCUAUUUUACGAAAUGGAGUCCCCUUCUGAAUUGGAUUAA